AUGGAACACAUUCAGAAAGUGGUAAUUGACAAUCGAAGCAUCUAUUGGCUGGAUCCCUUGAUCUCAUUUGAUCUGAACAACGAUGUGGAAUCUCAAUUUGAUUUUCCCAUCACAUCCAUUGCAUUUGUCUUUUGUUGUUUUGAGAAGAUUGAGAUGUAUUGGAUCUUGGAUAGUCCAGUUAGAUCGCAUGUUCAGACCGAAGACUUUUUGAGCAUACCGUUCAAGGGAUUCAGAGGAGCUAAUCAUAUUGUGGAUGAGUUCACUUUGGCAGACUUGCAAUUUAUGAACCCAUCCGACUGGAUCUCCUUGUUAAACCUUUUUAUGAAAGAUGAAAAGAAGUGUGAGCCUAUUGUGGCGUAUUUGAAAAGGUUGAUCAUCUGCUACAUCCUUGAAAAUGCAAAGAUGGAUGUGGAGAACACAUCAGUUCUGAAAAAAGGCCCGAUCUGA